AUUUCGUCUUGUCAAUCAAAUAGUUUUCAACAAAAAAAAAUCAGGACAAAAGUUGUGGUCACUUUUUGAAGAAUCGAGAAAAUUGUUGAAAAAUUUCACAUAUUCAAUCGAAACUGUUAUGUGAAACAUUAUUCCAAACACAGUAAUUGAAAAUAUGGCUAAAUACGUUGAAAGUGAUCCACUAGAACACGAAGAAAAAUGGGGAAUGCCUCUGCGGGAACUUUAUCGUCUGGCGUUGACAUUCUACAAACAAAACUCUGGGAAGGCUAUUCAUUUAUCUUACGAGGACAAUUUGAAACUAGUUGCAUUCACAAACCAAGCUAACAAUGGACCCUUCGAUGAGAAAUGUGCUCCCGAGUUGGGAAUAUUCGAUGUUAUUGGCAAAGAUCGUCGUUUGCAUUGGCAACAGCUUGGUGAUAUUAGCAAAGCCCAGGCUAUGGAGGGCUUUAUUAAUCUCUUGGACAGAAUGUGUACUUCAUUUAAGCCAUAUAUCGAAGCUGUUAAACAGGACAAUGAAACAAAGCUUAAGUUAGAAUUGCAAAAGAAGCAAGAAGCUCUGCAGCUACUGGAAAAGGAGAAGGAGCUGCAGGAAAAACAACAACAGGAGGAAGAGGAGAGAUGUAAGGAGGAAAUACAACGGCGACAGUUGAAAGAUGCUCUCAAUCAGCAAACAUAUCAGCAAUUUAAGAGCUACGCUGUCAAACAGUUUCCUGGCUGCCCCGAGCAACAAGCUGUAUUGAUAUGUCAAUUACAAAAAGAACACUACCACCAGUACAUGCAGCAACUUCACCUACAUUCGAAUUCAAAAUCGCCAAACCUUUUGCAGAAUGUAGGCACAGAAGAACCAGAGUCUAUCGAUUCAAAGCAAUCUUUGGCAUCCGAACAGAGUUUCUAUGAGAAAAAUAACGAUUCAGACAACGAAGACUAUGUGACAAUUUGCCCUGCCAAAAUGUGGACUCGACCUGAUAUCAAAGCAUUCAAAAAAGAAGUUGCUGCCGGCCGUGGUGAUGGGGUAAUUAAUGUUGGCCACGGUGACAUUGUAACGGUUCGCGUUCCGACAAACUCAAACGGAAAGUGUAUUUUCUGGGAAUUCGCUACAGACAACUACGAUAUAGGAUUCGGUGUUUACUUUGAAUGGAGCAAACCCUUGACAAAUGAUGUCACUGUCCAUGUCAGCGAAAGUGAUGACGAUGAUGAAUUCAAUGAUGAUGAAGACUUUAGUACCCCGGAAGAUUUGGAAUGCGGUUCAGUUUCGACUGAGAGAAGUCUUACAGCUGCAUAUAAGGCUCCAAUUUCAAUAAUUGUUCCAGUCUAUCGCCGCGAAUGUUUCAAUGAGGUUUAUGUUGGAUCCCAUACUUAUCCCGGCGAUGGAGUCUAUCUCUUAAAGUUUGAUAACACUUUUAGUAUUUGGCGCUCAAAAAUGCUUUACUAUAGGGUUUACUAUGAACGCUAGGUUCAUGUUUUCUAUAUACAAUUUUUUUAAUUAAAUUUUAUUACUAUUGUUUUUUCUUCCUAUGAGCGAAGAAAUAUUGAAAAAAAGAUAUAUAUAUAUAUUUAUGUGUUGUAAUCUAUAGAGAAUGGAAUAGUGCAAAAUAUUAAUUUUCAUUCGUGAGUUUUUUGUUGCGAUACUGGAAAUAAAAUUGUUUCAGAUAAUAAAGAGUGUUUUGGAGACAAGGACAAACUAUAAGUGUAAAAUAAAUGUAUACAAAAUUUUACAA